AUGCCCAUAUAUCUCAGGCCAUGUCACUCUCAAGCAAGACUUACUCACUUCUUUGGUGCAAUUCCAUCUUCAUUCUUCCAACAAGCUAGCAACUUGACAAGUUUCAAUGUCAGCAACAAUACCUUUACUGGGUAUGUUCCGUCCUCUAUUUGUCUCCAUUCUUCUCCCUCCCUUAGGCUAUUGGAUUUUUCUUCCAAUGUAUUCAAUGGCAACCUUGCUCCUGGGCUAGGGAAGUGUUCCAAACUGCAGGUUUUUCAUGCCAGUCACAACAACCUCUCUGGAUUACUUCCAGAAGAUAUCUAUAAUGCUACCAAACUUGAAGAAAUUUCGUUACCUUGCAAUUCACUACAUGGAGCCAUUAGUGAUAGAAUUGCCAACCUCACCAACCUUGCAAUCCUUGACCUCUACUUUAAUCAUUUUGGCGGCGAGCUUCCCCCCAAUUUAGGGAAGCUCUCCAAGUUGAAAUUGGUGACCCUUGAUUUCAACAAUUUAGAAGGUUCUUUGCCCCCAUCUUUGAUGAAUUGCACAAACCUUGUGGAACUGCGUUUGGGAUCCAACAACUUGGAAGGAGAUAUCUCCAUUCUUGAUUUCUCCAGACUUAAUCAACUUACUAAACUGGAUCUAAGGAACAAUAACUUCACUGGUACGGUUUCAGUAAGCCUUUACUCAUGUAGGGGAAUGCUAUUUGAUGAUGACAUGGUUGAUUUUGAUGGAUUCCAAAACCUUCGGUUCUUCGGUUUGGGUUAUUGUGGCCUCACUUGUCAAAUACCUGUAUGGUUAUCAAAGCUCAAGAAUAUAGAGAUAUUGCUUAUGGAAAUUGCAUUACCUCUCAAUUCACUACAUGGAGCCAUUAGUGAUAGAAUUGCCAACCUCACUAACCUUGCAAUCCUUGACCUCUACUUUAAUCAAUUGAAUGGCGAGCUUCCUCACAAUUUGGGGAAGCUCUCCAAGUUGAAAUUGGUGACCCUUGAUUUCAACAAUUUAGAAGGUUCUUUGCCCCAGUCUUUGAUAAAUUGCACAAACCUUGUAGAACUGCAUUUGUUAAACAACAACUUGGAAGGAGAUAUCUCCAUGCUUGAUUUCUCCAGACUGAGUCAACUUACUAAACUUGACCUCAGGAUGAAUAAAUUCACUGGUACGGUUCCUGUAAGCCUUUACUCAUGUCGGUCGUUAAAAGCCAUCGGAUUGAGUAGAAAUCAUCUAGAGGGACAAAUACAAGCUGAAAUUAUUUCAUUGAAAUCCUUGUCCUUCCUCUGCCUUGGUAACAACCGAUUCACCAACCUCACAGGGGCAAUGAAGAUAUUAAUGAGUUGCAAAAGUCUUCACGUACUCAUGCUUGAUGGUGCCUUUAAAGGUGAGGGAAUGCCAUCUGAUGAUGACAUGGUUGAUUUUGAUGGAUUCCAAAAUCUUCGGUUAUUGAGUUUGUUUAAUUCUGACCUCACUGGUCAAAUGCCUGUAUGGUUAUCAAAGCUCAAGAAUCUAGAGAUCUUGCGACUGGAUUUUAAUCAAAUCACAGGGCCAAUUCCAAGUUGGUUGGGGACUCUGCCUAGACUGUUUCAUAUCUACUUGUCAGAGAACCAAUUUUCAGGUGAAUUUCCAAAGCAACUUUGUAGACUACCAAGGUUGGUAUAUGAACCUAAUAUUGCAUCUCAAUUAGACGACACUAGUUAUGCAUUUGAAUUGCCUAUCUUCAGCAGCAACAACUUCAGCAUAUUCGCAAAGCAAACUAUUCUACAACAAAAAAUGUCUUCUGUUCCAGCAAUGAUACGCUUAUCUAACAAUAACAUUAGUGGUUAUAUACCUGCUGAGAUCGGCCAAUUACAUCUUCUCCGCUUGCUUUUUCUUGACUCCAACACCUUCUCUGGCGUCAUUCCAGACCAAAUAUCUAACCUAAAAAAUUUAGAGAUUUUAGACCUCUCCAUGAAUCACUUGUCUGGAAUAAUCCCAUCAUCAUUGGCGAGCCUUAAUUUCUUAAAAGAAUUUAAUGUCUCAUAUAAUAACCUCGAAGGAUCGAUACCAACAGGCACCCAGCUCCAAAGCUUCGAAGCUUCUGCGUUUGAGGGGAACCCAAAACUUUGUGGUGCCCCACUUCCAAAUAAGUGCGGACCAAAUAAGGACAUGGAUGUAUAUAACAAGAACAAUAAAGACGUGGAAAAUGUGAUUCCAUGGUUUUAUAUAUUUGCAGCGUCGGGAUUCAUAGUAGGAUUUUGGGGGAGUUUGUGGUUCUUUAGUUAUUAA